CUUUUACUAGCCAAAUGUGAAGGAGGGCAUAAAUUUUGGACUUUUAACUGUAUUGUACAUUUUACAGCUUCUCUUACUGAUAAACGCCUCUCCCACAGCCAAUCAUACUGCAGUAAUAAAUGGACUACUUGCACAAUCACUUCCGCGUUCUAUGUAGUCCUGCCCCAGUGCUUCCGGUAUGGUUAAACCAUGGUGACGUUCUACACUCGCUGCCUACAAGAGCUCCCAAAAUUGAACAUCGGAUGUGCAGAGUGACGACAACCCCCGCCAGCAAAUUAGAUAAAGGAUUUAAGUUAUAUGCUGCAUCAUAUAUACACAACUACGAAGAUUAAGCUUCUGGAUUCAUCGCCGGUGGUACUGAGACAUAGCCAGUGCUCCUGUGUGGCAGGUGCUGUUAUGUGCAAUCACACAGUGGCAUUGCUCUUCCAAACAGCACACUACUCACAACUCAGAGUGCCGGUUGUCCCCCCUGUGCAUAGCUGCACGGAAUCUGAACAGCAAUGGCACAAGCCACGGACAGUGGGUGUGAAACCAGGACCCAUCAACUCCAUGAUCUUCACUAAGCCGGUACCAAAUAGGAUGGCCCAGACUGGAGUACGGAGUGGCUUCUACAGAGGCAUGGUAGGUCCGUUACCAGAUCCCUGCUUGUUCAGAAUAACAGAAGCAUAUGCAAAAUUUAAUAUUGAGGACAGGCCACUUGUGACCACAAUGAACAUGAGACCUGACAAGCCCCUUGUGGAAAGUGCUUUUGGGCUGGUGCAGGAGGGCAGUGUUCUGUCAUAUCAGCAGCCGGUUUUGACAACCCGGUACAUCACACUACACCGUGAUGCACCACCAACACCGCACUUGCCUCUGGAGGGGUAUGACAUCUUGCCAUCAGAUUGUGUGUUUGUGUGCUCAGAAGAGGAGCUUCUGCAUCUGAAAAGCUUGUCUGUAACUCUGGAAAUGGCUCACAAAAUAGAGGAAGCUACAUGUGAGCAAAGCUCUUCAUCUGAGUGGCAUCAGCUCCGCAGGCCCAGAGUGACUGCCUCUAGGUUUCGGGAGGUGUGUCACGUCAGAGGCCAGAGCUCGGCAGAGUCACUAGCAGAGCGUAUAUUGAAGGGAACAAGGCAGACAGCAGACAUGAGGAGAGGAACUGAGAUCGAGCCUGCAAUAGCAGCAGAGUAUAGUAGGCUAAUGAAUGUUAACUACUCACCCUGUGGUCUGGUCAUUCACCCCAUUGCCCCCUGGCUUGCUGCAUCUCCUGAUGGUGUUGUUUUUGACCCCAAUGAAUACCCCCAGUUUGGCCUUGUCGAAUUCAAAUGUCCCAAUGUACAAAACUUUAUUGACUGCAAAUAUGUGCAGAUGGAAUGUGGUACCCCUAAACUAAAAAAGAGCCACGCAUAUUACUGGCAAGUGCAAGGACAACUGCUCAUCAGUGGGAUGCAGUGGUGUGACUUUGUUGUGUGGGCACAAGAGGACUACCUAGUGCAAAGAAUAUACAUGGAUACAGAUGUGCACAAUGCAAUCAGAGAAAAGGCUGACUUUUUUUUUACAUAUAUAUAUGCCAAAAUACCUGUGUUUGGAAAAAUGAACAGUGAAAACAUAGCAAAAAGGAAAACAGAUCCUUCAGGCUGGCUGGAACAAAAUAACUGAUGUUUUAAUUGCAAAGUAUUUCAUGAUUUUUUUUUUGUUGUUACAUGUUACUUUUAUGUGAAAUCAAUAAACUGUUAUUUAAGCAAUGGCAUCAAUUUCAUUUUUUAAAAACACACAUUAAAACAUUGAAUUUGUGCAGAACUUAUUUACAUGGUAAGUAUUUAAAAAUCCAUGCCUAGCAUACUGACAUACAUUUAGACAAUAACACAACUGAAUGAAGAAAAUGACAAAUGGUAUUUUGGAUGUUACAAAAGCACAAUGUCACUUAUGAUUUUAAAACGAUUUAGUGAUUUACUUUAUAAUUUUGAUAAACAAUUUUGUUUGAAUAUGAAUAGUAAUAUAGU